CAUAACGCGAAGAGGAAUUUUAGGAAUACUGGUAGGCAGUAAAACGAUAAUGAAGUUGAAGCUGUCAACAUCCUGAAAAUUCCUGCUUGAUCAGGUAUCUCUGCGCCAAAGAGUUUUAAAGAUGAAAUCUGCAUUGUGCAGAAACAGACAUUUUGUCCUCGCUGCUCUGAGCAUGGUCAUGGUUCGUGUUUCCUAUUGUAAGCUCACAAAAUUAAGCAUUCCAGCCAUUGCUGUUUACUUUGGGACCAAAGGGCGAUAUGAGGAAGUGAACCCACAUUUAAUAGACGAUAUUUUAUUUGUGAAUAAGUCAGUGGUGAGCCCUCCAGCCCCUGACUGCCAGGCAGUGCACUUAGUGGCAGUGAUCAGACACGGUACGCGCUUCCCUACCAGCAAAAACAUCAGAAAGAUCCACCGCAUGUAUGAUGUAGUGAUGAAUGAGGCGUCCGGCAAUGAGCAGUGGCUCAGAGACAUCAAAAGCAAAUGGAGCAUGUGGUACACUGAGGACAUGGACGGGAAAUUAGUAGAGAAAGGGAAAGAUGACUUGAGACAUCUGGCUGUGAGGUUAAGCAAGUCGUUUCCGACCCUGAUUUCUGAAGAGAACCUCCGAGGAGAGCGCAUCGAGUUCAUAACCAGUUCCAAACACAGAUGUGUGGACAGCAUCCAGGCUUUCCAGGACGGGCUCUUCAAGCACUGGAAUGUGGAAGAUGUGGGUUUCAGACACAACGUGAAUGAUUCACUUAUGCGCUUCUUCGAUCAGUGUAAAAGAUUUGUCGAAGAGGUUGAAAAUAACAAGACCGCCCUGAAGGAGGUUGCACUUUUCAAGUCAUCUCAGGAGAUGGAUGAAGUCUGCAGGCGGAUGGCCCAUCGCUUACAGAUCCCACACAGUCAGAUAACACCAGAUUUGGUUGAAGCUGCUUUCUUUUUGUGCUCAUAUGAGUUUGCAAUCAAGUCUAAGAAUUCUCCAUGGUGUAACCUUCUGGAUGAAGUGGAUGCUAGGGUGCUCGAAUACAAAAAUGAUCUCAAACAGUACUGGAAAAGGGGCUAUGGUCACGAGAUCAACCGCAAAUCGUGCUGUAUCCUCUUUCAUGACAUCUUCAGGAGACUCGACCAAGCAUCCUAUGACUACAGGUUUGGAGAGGCAACUAAGGCAGUUACCAUCCAGGUGGGCCAUGGUGAGACUCUGCUGCCUCUGCUGUCUCUAAUGGGUUUCUUCAGAGAUGAAACGCCACUAACGGCGAAGAACUUCCCUCAGCAGCAAAGCCGGAAGUUCCGCAGCAGUCGAAUUGUGCCCUAUGCCGCAAACCUGCUCUUUGUCCUGUAUGAGUGCACAGAUGGACUGAGGCUCCAGGUUUUCCUCAAUGAGAAACCAGUGACUUUUCCUAACAUAAGUGAUCCAGCUCCUCUGUAUCACACAGUCAGGAAACACUACUCUGACCUUCUGGGUGGCUGUGGUUUUAAGAAAGAAUGCGAAUUACCUAAAGAUAAAUUUAAGAACACUGAGCUGUGAUGUAGUAAGAGUUGGGCUGAGGGUGAGAGUAAAGAAGACAUGUGGCAGUAUAAUGCUGCAUUAUUUUUUAUUGUUUAAAUCAGGGUGAAAUUGCUGACCAAAUGUGUGUGCGUUUUGUUUUGUUUUGUUUUUUCAACCAAAUAUAUGUUUUAUUUAUGGUUUAGGGUUUUUUUCUUUCUUUAUUGGAAAAUAAGUAAGAUUGUAAGUAAUUGUAAGAUUCUUUUUACAGAAGCCAAAUUUGAUUACAAACUUUAAUUGUAAAAUGCCAAAUAAAUUUAACUGGGAAUAAGAUCUUAUUUAAAUAAAAAAAGCCAUAUUUUUACCGAA